CGCGUUCUCACGUGAUUCAGCAUUUGAGCAAAAGCGGAGCAAAGGUCGGAGGAGCGUGGGCAGUGCGUGUCGCUUUUCUCCUUUCGCGUGUUUCUGCAGUCCCCGCUCGCAGAUUCGUCUGCCCGCCGAAGGAGGGUUGAUGGCGGCCGUCCGGGAAGGCUUGGGGAGGAGCAAGAAGUUGGUGGAUUUGUUCUACGACGUGGUGUCUCCCUACUCCUGGCUUGCGCUGGAGGUUCUAUGCCGGUACCAGUCCAUCUGGAACAUCGAGCUGCGUUUGCGGCCCACAUUCCUUGGUGGGAUCAUGAAGGAAACAGGUAACCAGCCCCCAGCAAUGGUUCCCAAAAAAGGCGAGUACAUGAAUAAGGACCUCCCUCGGUUGGCAAAGUUCUACCAAUUGCCGCUGCAAGCCCCAAAGAAUUUCUUCGAGACCGUUAUCAAAAAGGGCAGUCUGCCCGCUAUGCGCUUUGUUACUGCUGUGGACAUUGCGCAGCCACAGUUUGUGGAGUCUGUGUCUAGAGAACUUUGGAUGCGCAUUUGGUGUCGAGAUGAAGACAUUUUCCAAGCAGAGAGUAUUUUGGCAGCAGCAGAGCAAGCAGGUAUCCCCUUGGAUCAAGCCAAGAAGCUCCUGGAAAUGAGUGCCUCAACUGAGGUGAAGAAUCGCCUGAAAACGACCACUGAUGAAGCACUGAAAUAUGGGGCAUUUGGCCUGCCCUCUUAUGUGGCCCACGUGAAUGGCGAGCCUCAACUUUUCUUUGGUUCUGAUCGCUUGGAACUCCUGGCAAGCAUUUUGGGAGAGAAAUGGUUGGGGCCAGUGCCUACAUCUGCCAAGCUCUAACUACAAGAAAUCGGAAGAACAGUAGUAGGGUACAACUAAGCAAGAAGACAGACUUUGAAGCAUUGGCCGUACCAGCUUCCACAGAUUCCGCCCAGGAGGGCUGAUGGGCGGAGCAUACCCUUUUAGUCCAGGAUAGAAUGACACAAGACAGCACAGCACCUGCGCAGCUCCCCACCCAUGCAGAAAGCAACAAAACGACCACCUCCAACUGCAGUGUAACUCACAUGGGUCAGUUGCACAUCUGUUCUCAAGUGCUCUUGACCUGUGACCCAGAGGACACAUGGUUCGGGUCAGUUUGCAUCAGCAAGUCUGGAUUUCCUAGAACGUGUUAAUGUGGGGGCUUUAGUGGGUUCCCACAUGACCUAUUGUGCCUUGUUUCCCAAAAGUUUGAGUAUAGCCAGUCGAGAACCACCAGCGGCAACUACCAUGACCAGGAAAUGUACAUGAUCUGUCUCAGAAACCUCCUCCAGGCAAACUAGGUGUUGAGAGACUUGCUCAUCUUGUGGGAUGAGACAGCAGUGGAAAGAGGAUGAGAUUGACCCAACUUCCUGGCCUGUCACGGUUUUGAGGAAAGACUAGACAAGCAGAUGUUCUCUGCAGUAGUUGAAAGUUCUCUGGUGGUAGGGAGAAAGAUUGGCUCCUGGUACCCUUGAGUCUGCUGGCUCGCUUUACCAACCUGCUUCAGGCACUGUUGACAAAAAAUAAAAUUGGUUGGUGGAUUGAAGGGGAUUGUCAAUUUUUAUAAAAGGUUGCAUCUCUGUGCCCACGUGACCACAGAUACCCUCUUCCCUUGCCUGCCUGCCUGUGUCUUUUAAUUUUUAUUCAAUAAUGUGACCUUUAAAUGUGAAAUGGUUUCAUUUGAUUGAAUAACAGCUGAGUCUGUUUUAUUGCUAAGAACCUUCCUGUCAGUUGACUUUUCUGUAACCUUUUUCUUAAUUUGAGAUAAUUCCCAUAUGUUUUGCAUAAUAUUAAUAAAUCAUUCUCUCAGCUCUA